AUGUGGGGUCCGUUAUUAAGAAAACUAUUGAUGACUUAUGGGAUGAAGUAUGCAAAGACUUUUAUAGUUGCAACUGUUAGAGCUUUAGAGAGUAAGAUAUACUUAGAAUCUGGAUAUCAACCCCAAAAAUUCUUUGAAGAAAUGCUAUCUAAGACAACCUUUUCUAAAACUGCUUUUAAUCGCCCAAUGACAACAGAAGAAGCUCUAAAAAUUCUUAAUGUCCAAAGCCAUUCAACUAAAGAAGAAAUUGAAGAAAACUUCAAAACGUUAUAUGGAAAAAAUAGCUCUGAGAAAGGAGGAUCAGUCUAUAUACAAUGCAAAGUUAUGAGUGCUAAAGAUCAUUUGCUAAAUAAUAAGGAAUAA